GGCUAUGGAAAGAAGAGGAAAUGAGAGCCAAUUUCGUAGACUUUAUCGCAAACCAAAAGAACCAAAAAACAAACCCAUGCUGCAGGAGAAAGAAACAUAAUUGUCAAUUAGCCCGUGACGCAUGAAGUUGACGCGUCCAGGUUCGCUACACUUUGUUUAUUUCACCAAUCAAUUCGGUGCCAUAUCUUUCACCUGACAUAUGAUUUUGUGCACGUAUAACGGCAGCUUGACAUGCUUCUCUACCCCCUCUCUAUAUUCUACAGUCAGGGCUUGAAUCGCUCGAGCUUCGGUUAGGAAUCGCUUGUGGGUGGAUCAUCAACAACGGGUCAGCCUAAAGUGUCAGCACCCGACACGUGCGGGUGUAAAUGGGUUCAGCUCAUCCUGCCUGGAACUCUUGUGUCCAUGGAUUGUGUCGUAUGAUCUGAUAAAGACCCAAACAAGCAUUCAAAAAAUAUCGGUGAUGGUCAAAGACCCGAUCAGACCCGAACAUGGUCUAAAAAGCACGAGCCCCCACCCAUUUUUGAUCAGGUCUAUGUUCAACCAGACCUGAUCUGAAAACCUGACCCACCAACACCCCUAUUGCUUACUUAGCUAAUAUAAAUCCCUCCAUCCAAACUCAAAACUACAACACAAAGAACGUGUUCCUCUCGCUACAAACUCUAGAGACAACAAUGUUCAUGAUUCUCCUCUCAUUCCUGAUACUUCUCUUCUUGAUAUGCUCCGUGCUGUCACGAGCCUCCUCAUCAGCGACAAAGAGGCUGCCUCUUCCUCCAGGCUCCAUGGGCUUGCCCUACUUCGGAGAAACCUUCCAACUCUACUCCAAGAACCCUCACACCUUCUUCAAACUCAAACAGAAAAGGUAUGGUUCCAUUUUUAAAACGCACAUACUGGGCUGCCCCUGUAUUAUGGCGUCAAGUGCAGAGGCAGCAAAGUUCGUGCUCGUGUCAGGUGCACACCUAUUCAAGCCAACAUUUCCGGUGAGCAAAGAAAGGAUGCUUGGACAGCGAGCGAUAUUCUUUCAGCAAGGGGAGUAUCAUGCCAGGCUGAGGAAGGCUGUGCAGAGAGCAAUGUUGCCCGAUGCUAUUAGAGGUUCAGUGUCUGACAUUGAGGAGGUUGCUUUGGAUGCCCUGAGGUCUUGGGAGGGACAUGAGAUCAAUACAUUUCACGAGAUGAAGACUUAUGCUUUCAAUGUGGCACUGCUAUCUAUAUUUGGCAAAGAAGAGAUAUCAUACGUACAAGAGCUGAAGCAAUGCUAUCAUACCUUGGAGAAGGGCUAUAACUCCUUGCCUAUCAAUAUCCCGGGGACCCUCUUCUACGACGCGAUGAAGGCAAGAACACGACUGGGUCAGAUAGUCGCCAAGAUCCUAACAUCAAGAAGGCGAAAGAAAGCAGAGGCCACUGAUUUACUUCGAUCUUUCAUGCAAACCAACAAUCUCGAUGAUGAUCAAAUCACUGACAACAUCAUUGGUGUCCUCUUUGCUGCUCGUGACACCACCGCAAGUGUUCUAACAUGGAUUGUCAAGUUCCUUGGCGAGAACCACACCAUCCUCCAAGCAGUAACUGAAGAGCACGAGGAAAUCAUCAAGAAGAUAAAUAUAAACAAUGAGGAGAGAUCCCUGAGUUGGUCGGAUGCCAAAAGGAUGUCUCUAACUUUAAGAGUGAUUAAGGAGGCGAUGCGGGUUGCUUCAGUUCUAUCUUUCACCUUCAGAGAAGCAGUGGAAGAUGUUGUGUAUGAAGGUGACGUCACUAAUGUUCAGUUAGAGCUAUGGUUUUCAUGCCUUCAUGUAUGUUGUCUUAGCCUUCUUCAUUUGUCAGGCUAUCUGAUACCAAAAGGAUGGAAGGUCCUGCCAUUGUUUAGAAAUAUUCAUCACAGUGAAGAAUACUUCCAUGACCCUGACAAGUUUGAUCCUUCAAGAUUUGAUGUUGCUCCAAAGCCUAACACUUUCCUGCCGUUCGGGAGUGGGGCCCACUCAUGCCCUGGGAAUGAGCUAGCAAAGCUGGAGAUGCUUGUUCUCCUCCAUCACCUGACAACAAAAUACAGAUGGACAGUAUCAGGUCCUGGAAGAGAAAUUCAGUUCUCGCCUUUUGCGCUGCCUCGGGAUGGAUUGCCCAUCACAUUCACCCUGAAGACAUGACUACCAUUUGCAGAAGUCAUUCAACAAUAUGUCAUAAAAGAAAACUUGAAAAUAUAAUUGGUUGUGAUCCUUGCUAUAUUUACUCAAGGCAAAAUAUUGUCCAACGGAGAGAUGUGAAGACUUGCGUUUUCGUUCCUGCUGUAAAACUAAUAAGUAUGUAACGACAGUAUUGGCUCAAGGAUUUUAAUUCUUCUUAUUCUUCUCCCAGAUUACAUUUCAGAUUUGAUAACAAUUAUUAUAAUAAUAAAAAGAGAUAAUAA